AUGUUGGAGCUUCGUUUGGUUCAAGGCUCUCUGCUGAAGAAGGUUCUAGAAUCGGUCAAGGAUCUGGUGAACGAUGCGAACUUCGACUGCUCGAGCACAGGGUUCUCGCUCCAGGCCAUGGACUCGAGCCACGUGGCGCUGGUGUCUCUCCUGCUGAGAUCCGAAGGGUUCGAGCACUACAGGUGCGAUAGGAACCUCUCCAUGGGGAUGAAUCUCGGCAACAUGUCGAAGAUGCUCAAAUGCGCUGGAAAUGAUGACAUCAUCACCAUCAAGGCCGAUGAUGGAAGCGACACCGUCACUUUCAUGUUCGAGAGCCCCAGUAAGUUUUCCCCUUUUCCAACCAGAUCGAUUUACCUUUUUACGGCUAUGGUUUUUUGUUGUUAUUGUUGGUGA